GCGCUCGGGAAGGGCGAGUGGACAGACAAGUCCCAGCCCCUCGUGGACACGGUGGAGUUCCGCCAGCUGUUGACAGAGCUGUCGGACUACCGCGAGACCGCGUUGGGGCUGAUUGCUAGACACCUCAACAAGGGCUUCCAGGCGAAGAAGAUCCUGGUGAAGGCCUUCUGGGACCACCACGCCAUACGGCAGAGCACCUCUGGCAACGAGGCCAACUUGCCGCCAGACGCGCGCCUCAUCAGCGCGAGGUCGCCGCUGAAGGGUCUCAGGUGGAACAUAGCGAAGGAUGCGGUGGAGGCCGAGAUGAGAAGACAAGGUACCACCGCGGUGGACUUCAAGUUUUGCCUGAACUGGCAUCGGGAGCAGUUCCAGAGCGACGGCCCCCUGGUGAAGAACCUCCUGUCGCCAGGCUUUCCGUCCUGCUCGAACGACCUGGUCUCCCUUUGUGCGCUAGUGCACUUCAUGGUCCUCGAGAACCUGGAACUCAUAGCCAGCGAGGACGGCAGCCAGACCGUUCUCGGGAACGUGAUUUGCGACACGCCCACGCGCCUGCAGGAGCCCUGCCUGGUGGCGCUGGAGAUGUUGAAGUUCGGUAUUCUGCACGGGGAGCCUUUCGAAGCCGCCGACCGGUCCAAGCCCUUCCCGGAGCAGGUGAACUACCCAGUCGCACCCGUGGAUCCCGGCAAGAAGGCGGCUCUUUUGCUCAGCCGGGUCAUGUCGCUAGUGCCGAUGAAGCUGAAAAACGAGAUGUGGAAUGCUGAUGUUAUUUUCGACCUGGCCGCCUUCCAUUCGCUGGUGCGGGUCUUGAAGCGCUCGCUCCGGCAGAUCGUGGAGGGCAGCCUGGUCUCCGUGCUGCUCCGCGACCUCCAGCGGGUGAAGCUCCUGUGGCCCAGAGGCCAGGGCAUCCCGGAGGCCCACUCCGGGAGCCCGGAAGAUCCCCGCCCGAGCGCGGCCGCGCCGUGCGGGGCGCCCCUCGGCUGGGGGGCGGCUGGGCUGCCGCUGCCGGCCGGGGCCGGGCGCGCGCGGAGGGGAGGUCGGCGGCGUGUGGCGCCGGGGACCCCCAGCCGCACGCUGCUGCGGGCCGCCGCGCUGCUGGCCACGGCCGCGGGUUGGCCCACCCCGCAGACUUUGGGGGAUUACGGCCUGUGGUAUUACGACGACGAGGACCAGGCGAGCGGCGGAUACGCGGCACCCCCCAGGCGAGGCUCGCCUGCUCCAGCAGGGGGCAUCCAGUCGGUGCGCUUCGAGUCGCCGACCGUGCCCGUUCCAGCUUCGAGUCCUGAGGAGAUCGACCUGGGCGAGUUGGACUCGGGGGACCUGAGGCACCUCCUCGCCAGGGCCGGGGUGAACUGGUCGAGCGGAGCGCAGUGGAUCAUCUUCCUCUGCCAACGCCAGGAGGGCAACGGCAAGGAGGGGGAGCCCCUUCGGACCGGCUCCGCCCGCGGCCCCGAGGGGACCAGCCUCGACUUCGCGCUGAAGUUGGACGAGGUGCAGGCUCGCCCCGCCCUCAGCCCGGCAGGCCGGCUGCCGCAGGGCUUCCUGGAGGAGCUACCUGAAGGCACUGGAAGUUAA